UGUUAUAAUGUUGCAAAGUCGACUUUUUAUUAAUAAAAUUUAGAAUGUGUUACAGUCGGUUGUCAACGAAGUGUUAAGUUGGCAUAUUUCUAACUUUAUAAAAAUAAAUGCUGCAUUCACAUACUUUUCUGUUGCUGCUGUGAAAAAGUGAACUGAUUUUGUGCUCAUUUUCUAACCAGAUUACCUAUAUUCUAUUCUAAGAUACAAUUUAACUAUAAUUAAAAAAUGGCACUCGAUAUGCAUCGUAGAAACGUCCUGAAGAAAGGACAAGCUCAAGUAGGCGAAGACGAUGCUGAACUAUUGAAACGUAUAAUUACUCCCGAAUAUCCCAGAGAUCCUUUGGAAAUACUGGGCGAAAGGAACUUCAACUCACCUCGUGUAGUGCCAAAAGAUGAAAUCGGCACACCGGUUCAAGAAUUCUUUCGCGAUGUAACCGUUUUCAUCACCGGAGGUACCGGUUUUAUGGGGAAAAUCUUGACUGAAAAAUUACUGCGAUCUUGUCCUCAUCUAAAGCAUAUUUAUUUAUUGGUGCGAAAUAAAAAAGGAAAGACUUCCGAUGAAAGAAUCAAAGCUAUUUUUCAAGACAGGCUUUACAAAAGACUCAAGCACGAAUCUCCUGAUUUCUAUAAAAAAGUAUCUGUGAUGAAUGGUAAUUUAGAAGAGCCCGAAUUAGGCCUAUCUGACGAAGAUAAGAAAAAAUUUGCCGAACAAGUCAACGUUGUGUUUCACGGAGCGGCUACCGUACGAUUUGAUGAGAAACUCAAGCUCGCUGUUGGAAUUAACGUUAUCGGCACUAGAGAAAUAUUGAAAUUGGCUAAAAGUGCUAAAAAUCUAAAGGCGAUGAUGCAUGUUUCGACAGCAUAUUCUUUUUGUCCUCAUUCCGAAAUUGAAGAAAAAUUCUACGAUAUGCCUGUUCAUUACAUGGAUGUGAUAAAUAAAGUUACUACAAUGAAUGAUUCAGAAAUUAAUUUCGAAACACCCAAAAUAUUGGGCGAAUGGCCCAAUACAUACACGUUUACAAAAGCGCUGGCCGAAUGUGUGGUGAAAAAUGAAAGUCAAGGUUUACCAAUCGGCCUUUUUCGACCUUCUGUGAUCGUUUCGACCUACAAAGAGCCUGUUCGUGGUUGGAUAGAUAACGUUUAUGGACCGAUUGGAGUAAUCGUAGGCGUUGGAACUGGAAUAUUACACGUUUACGAAGGAGGUUACGAUAAAAGCAGUUCGGAUAUGGUUCCGGUGGAUUUAGUAGUAAAUGGUUUGAUAUGUGCGGCCAAAGCUACGGCUGAAAAAUAUGAAAAAUUUAAAUCGGAGAAAAGAGAAGUUGAUAUUCCAGUGUAUAUUUACUCCAGCGGAACUCAAAAUCCCAUAACUUGGGGAGAAAUUAUAGAUCAUUCGCUUCACUUUUCCUUAGAAUGGCCCACCAUAAAAGCAGUGUGGUAUUAUUCGUUGACAUUUACCGAGAACAAAUACCUGUUCACGAUAUUAUCGUUUCUGAUGCACACAAUCCCCGGUUAUUUCUUAGAUUUUCUAGCUCGUCUUGUCGGAGAAAAACCAGUUUUAACCAAGAUUUAUAAAAAAAUGAACGACGUUCGAGAAAUUUUGACGUAUUUUAGAUCGCGCAAUUGGGUUUUUAAAAAUCACAAUACUCAAGAACUUUGGCAAAGCUUAUCCAACGAAGAUAAACAACUUUUCUUCUUCAACAUGACUGAUUUCUCGUGGGAAUAUUUCUUACAAGCGAUGUGCUUGGGAUUACGAGUGUAUCUUGUCAAUGACGAUAUUCAUACCUUACCAGAAGCCAGAAUUAGAUGGAGGAGGUUGUACUAUGCCCAUGUUGCUCUCAAAACUGUUUUCUUUGCAGUAUUAAUCUUCCUGGUGUGGAGCUUGCUAAAAUUUAUUUUAUUUUGAAAACGUUGUCCCAAUGUCCAUAGUCAACUAUCAGCGUUAGGCUACGAUUAUCUAACCGUAUACCUAUAAAAGUAUUUUUUGAAGAAUCUUUGGUAAACCGUAAAUAAUCCCACCAAUUAAAUUGUAUACAAAUUUUUGUUACCAGUUACGAAUUACGAUACGAUACUUGUAUGAAUUUACCUAAAUUAUAGGUUUAUGCAUAAAUUACAAUCAAAGUAUAGUCGUCCAAAAAAGUUUA